GAUCUCCUUUAUCGUCGCCUGCGAUGCCUCGCCAACUACGAAGCAGCAAACAAGAAUCUCGAACGUGCUCGCGGUCGCAACAACAAGGACAUUCCGAAGGCUGAAAAUGAACAGCAAGAGGCGUGCAAAAAAUUCGAGGACAUCAGCGGCAAUUUGCAGGCUGACAACGCAAGCAACCAAAGGUUGAAAAAAAUUCGAAGGACAUCAAUAUUGGCGUUCAAGAAAAACCUUGCUGAUCUCGCUGAUCUUGAGAUCAAACAUGCUAAG